AUGACAUUAGUGGGUCCUAAGGUGCCAGAUGCCAACUACCCGCCCCAGGUAUCCACCGAAGGGAUCACCAGCACGGAAUGGGAAGACUCCGCGGACAAAAGAGAUGAUAAUGAUAUUCCCAUACCAGCUCUGGUGAAGUUGGUCAUCUCGGCUUUGCGUUUUCUACGGAACAGAAAAGGUUCAUCAGUGGCCGACAUACAGCGCUUUCUUUCAUCUGAAGGUUAUGUUUUCAGUGCGGGCCAGCUGAGGGCCGCCAUCAUUCAGGCCAUGAAAGAAGGCACCAUUCAGCGGCCCCCGAGUGCCGUGGAGAAGGGCGUCUACGGUCUGUACAUACUUGUGGAGGGGAAGACUUCACAUAAAUCUAGGCGACACGCAAGGGGCAACACGAGAAGGUCACGCUCAACAGGUGGUAAAUGA